CGAAAAGUAGUGGGGAACAAUAAAAAUCCGAAAUUAUAAGUGAAUUUGAAAAACUAAUUAUAUACUCACUGUGAAAAGUGAAGAAUUCUAUUCAGGGACUUUGAAAAGAAACUUUAUGAAAAUGUUCGCAAAAGUUUUAUCCACCAAACAUUUUCUUCUGUUUGCCGUGCUUGCUCUAUCCCUCUCACAGGCUUCUAGCAAUUGGCUAACAUGCUACUCUAAACCAAAUGGUGCAGUGUCUCCCGUUGCCGCAGACUGUCAUGUUUAUAUCUAUUGUUUGUAUGAAACACCAUUCACUUUACCCUGUCCUUUGGGCAUGGGCUUUAGUGUGUCAGCCGGCCGUUGUGUACAAUAUAGCCAAUCGGAUUGUGUAGCUGAUAAUGUGGCACCCACAGCAGCUCAUCGUCAACACAGAGGCACCUGUGAUAAUGAACAAAGACCCGAGAACAAACUAGCCUGUCAAGGUCAGCCCUUUGGAGAAUUGGUACCAUAUCCGGGAGAUUGUUCCAAGUUUUUGGUGUGUAAUUGUGAGUAUCCAACGGUGAAACAGUGUCCGAGCGGUACUUGGUUUGAUAACACAAUCAAGGUAUGUAAUUAUCCACAAAAUGUGAAUUGUGUUGAUGGGAAUGGGAGUGGCUCAACGGCGGCAACAACUAUUAUGACUACAGAGCUAACGACAAUGGAUGUUAUAACAACAACUCAUGAUUGGGGCAAAGAUUGUGAGGCUCCUGAUGGCAUGCAGGCUGAUAUUUGUUUGAAAUACAAUAAUGGCUUGCUGUUGCGUUAUCCCUAUAAUUGCAAUGCCUAUAUUAAUUGUACCAUGGGAUGUCCGGUUAUGAACUAUUGUCCAACUGACAAAGUUUUCAAUAACUUUUUAAAAAUUUGUGAUACCCCAGAUACGGCACAAUGUAUAGAGUUGCCUUUGCCAACUACCACCGAACAGCCCACAACUACCACAGAGGAAACUACUACCGAGCUAAUUACCACUACCGAUAUACCAGAACAGUGCCUAACUCCCUUGGCUGUAGACAAACAUAUUUGCUCUAAUCAAUACCAGGGCAGCUAUCUACCAUAUGACUACAACUGUACAGCCUAUGUGAUAUGCAAGGACGAGGAACCCUGUCUGGAAUAUUGUGAAAAUGGUAAAAUUUUCAAUUCCUUAUUGGGCAUCUGUGAUGAUGAUAUAGAAUGUCAUGAAUUACCUCUACCCAGCACUCCCCAGGAACCCGAAACCACCACAACAAUUUCCAUUACCCUGCCACCAGAUGUAGAUUCUGACUUGUGUCAGGGUAAACAGGAUUAUACCAUAUAUCCCUAUGAGGGAGAUUGUACACAAUAUUUGGAGUGUAAAGAUCAAGAAGUCAUAGUUGAGAACUGUCCCCAAGGCUGGCUAUUUAACUCAAAACUAAUGCUGUGUGAUGAAGCCUCAGAGGAUGUUUGUUAUACAGGAGCUAUUACCACAACUGAAGAGCCUACCACCACCGGAGAACCGGUUUAUGAUCUAUGUUUGGGCCAGCCGUUAGGCACCACUUUCCCUAACAAAGAAAAUUGCGCCCUGUAUUACUAUUGUCGAGGCAAUGGCCACUUUUAUGUGCUUCCUUGCCCCUAUAAUAAUUACUAUGAUCCCUAUUCGGGUAACUGUGGUCCUGAUGUUUCCAGCACCGCUUGUCUGGAACCUAUAACCACUACAGCAGCCACUACAACACAGGCCACAACUUUAAGUCCCUCGCAAAAGUGUGCCAAUGCAGCGGUCGGCAUCACCUAUCCGUAUGAGGAAAAUUGUGCCAAGUAUAUAUAUUGCAAGGGCAAUGGAGGAUUUUUACUAAUGAAUUGUCCCUAUAACAACUAUUACGAUCCGGUAUCGGGUGAUUGUGAGCCCAGUGAUGAUGUUGACAUAUGUCGCAAACCAACUACACCCGAGACAACCACCCCCGAAAUCUCCACUACCAUAUCACCAGCCACAACUCCCAAACCUGAGCCUGUUCUGGGUAUAUGUGGCAAUUAUAGCAAUGGCCAGCUUAUAAACUACCCCGAUAAUUGCCAGAAAUAUAUCAGCUGUGUUAGGCCCAUACCCAUAGGCUUUUAUUGCAACAAUAAUUGGUAUUUCAAUGAGCAGCAACAGAAAUGUGUGCCCGAUUCUGAGGGCACUUGCAUAGGCUUGCCUGCAAACGAAACAACAACAGCGGCCACCCCCAGUGAUAUUUGUCAGGGCCUUAAAGAAGGAGAUUCAGAAAUAUACAGCAGUAAUUGUCAGCUCUACUAUGAGUGCCUGGGUGAUGGUUAUUAUAUGUUAAAGACUUGUACUGAAGGCGAAUAUUUCGAUCCUCUUACUGGCCAGUGCAGUGCUCAAGUGGGCGCUGAAUACUGUAAGCAAAACUUUGAUACUACUCUAGCACCCCCAGCAAAACCUCAAGGCAUUUGUUCGGACCAACCAGAGGGCUGGAAAGUACCCUAUCCCCAUAAUUGCUCUAAAUAUAUAGAGUGUGCCAAGCCCAUACCCAUAGGUUUCAGUUGUAUGAGUGAUUUGGAAUUCAGCUCAGAAGCUCAGGAAUGUGUGGAGCCCUCGGCCUCAGAUUGUGGUCUUACCACAACCAACACACCCAGCAACACGCCCACUUUGCCCACACCUACUAAGCCUUAUAAUCAAUGUACAAAUAAACCAGAUUUUACCCUGCUGCCCUAUGAAGAAAACUGUACCAUGUUUAUUAUUUGCCUCGAAGAUAUGGAACAUUGGGCCUAUUGUAAAACAGGAGAAUACUUCGAUUUAACUGAAGCUAAAUGUUUGGCCAGUGCUAAUGAGGAGUCUUGUAGAGCCAGCAGUACCACUGAGCCUACAACUAUUACCACCCAAGAUCCCAAUUUGGGUCCAUGCUAUAACAAGCCAGAUGGCAGUAAAAUUCCCUAUCCCAAUAAUUGCACGAAAUAUAUAGAAUGUCAUUAUCCCUUAAAUGUGGGUUAUGAUUGUCCCCAAGGUUUGGAAUUCAGUGCCCAUUAUGAGGAGUGUGUUGAGCCCAACUUGGCUGACUGUAGCAUUAAAACUAGCCCCACCAUGCCAACGACAACAGAGAUCACCACCACUCCUCAGCCUGUUGAGACUUGUGAAAACAAACCUACUGGCACUACACUGUCCUAUCCAGAAGAUUGUUCCAAAUACUAUAUGUGCAUUAAUGGCCAAGAGAAAUUAACCAAUUGUAUGCCCCAAAGUUACUAUGAUCCAGCUACGGGAGAAUGUGACAAUGAUGUAUCCCCUACAGCUUGUCAGGGUCCUAUAGCUGCUACCACAACCACAGAAUCAUCGGAGACAAAUACUACCACUGCUCAAUCUCCACAAGGACCUUGUAGUGAUGAAUCCAAUGGUUUUAUCUAUGCCAAUGUACAGGACUGUUCUCAAUACUAUAUGUGCUUGGAUAGCUCUUCGGUAUUGUGUAAAUGCCAAAAUCAAACCUAUUACAAUCCCUAUACGGGAGAAUGUGAUGGCCAAACCUCAAAUUCCGAAUGCAAAGAACCAAUAACAUCAAGCACAGACGCUCCUGAAAUUACUACACCAAUUACUGAAACCCCGGACGGCAAUAUUUGUUGUGGCCAUAAAUCCGGUAGUUAUUUACCAUAUCCCGGCGAUAAUACUAAAUAUGUUAUAUGCCAAUAUCCCUUGCCGGAAGUCUACAGCUGUCCCGAGGGCAGUACCUACGAUGCCGAAAGCUUAAGCUGUAAAUUGGUGGCCACUUUUACAAUCUCAAAACCAGAAUGUACCCAAUUAAAUUAUGGGGAAAAAUAUGUCUAUAAAGGUGACUGCACUAAAUACUAUUUCUGUUAUGGCUCAGAAGCGGUAGUUUUGGAUUGCAGUUUCGAUUGGAACUACAAUCCGGCAAUAGAUCAAUGUGUGCCAAAGGUGCAAUAUAAAUGUCCCUGGUGAGAAGGAUCAGAAAAGGAAAAUAUACAUAUUUUAAGUUUAAAGCGAAAUUUAAUAAAUUUUAAUCAAUUUUAAUA